ACCUCCGCGUCUUUAUGGGCUUAGUGAACCAGCUGUCAGAGUUCACCCCGGACAUAGCAGCUGCAGCCCAGCUUCUUCGCCCUCUCUUGAGCCCUAAACGGACGUUCACUUGGAUAGCGGACCAUGAUGAAGCCUUCAACCAUGUCAAGACGGUGCUUCUCCAGCCGCCUGUUCUGGCCCACUUUGAUCCAGCGUUACCAGUCGUCCUCCAGACGGAUGCCUCCCGCCUUCAUGGGAUUGGGUACGCUCUCCUGCAAGAUCACGGCCAAGGAUGCACACGCCACCAUUGAGCUCGAGCUGCUUGCCGUUGUAUGGGCUAUGUCCAAGUGUCAGCUCCACCUCAUAGGCCUACAGCACUUCACGCUGAUGACGGACCAUCGGCCACUGGUCCCGAUCCUGAAUGCCUACACUUUGGACGCGAUCGAGAAUCCCCGUCUCCAACGUCUGAAGGAGAAAAUCUCGCCCUACCUCUUCACAGCCGUAUGGCGCGCCGGAAAGUUGCUACGCAUCCCAGAUGCUCUGUCGAGAGCCCCAGUCAGCCACCCGACUCCUGAGGACAAGAUGGCGUGCACUGCUGCCACUGCCCACCUGCGGUGUGUCGUAGCUGCCAACGCUGAAGGCUCCGACCAAAACACACCACACCAUGACGCCGAUCGGACGCUCCAGGAAUUCAGAGCAGCAGCAAGGGCAGACCUGUCAUAUGCCCACCUCACCGCCUGCGUGACAUCUGGCUUCCCGUCCAACCGGUACGAGCUCCACAGUUCCCUACUUCCCUACUGGAAGCUCCGCGAUCACCUCUACGCAGAUGGGGAGCUUGUCCUCUAUGGCCAGAGGAUCGUGGUUCCUGUAGCUCUCCGCCGCCGCACCCUUGCUCGUCUCCAUGACAGCCACCGCGGUGUGGAAGCCACUCGCCGUCGGGCGAGGCAGACUGUUUUCUGGCCUGGCAUUGACUCUGACAUCGCCAAUACUGUUCGUGCCUGUGAACCAUGUCAAGUCCUCCAGCCGAGCCAACAACAGGAACCCCUGAUGUGCGACGACAACCCAUCCAGGCCCUUUGAGUCCGUCUCCGCAGACUUCUUCACAGUCGCUGGCAAGUCCUUUCUUGUCAUUGCGGACAGACUCUCGGGAUGGCCUGUGGUCGUCCCAUGUGGUGCGGACACCACAGCCACACGCACCAUCCAGAUGUUCUGCCGCUAUUUCCGGGAAGUGGGUGUCCCCCUCCGUCUCCGCACUGAUGGCGGGCCCCAGUUUGCCAGUGCAGACUUCCAGAACUUCAUGGAGCGCUGGGGUGUUCACCACAUAGUGACUUCGCCGCACUAUCCCCAGUCUAAUGGCCAUGCUGAGGCGGCUGUCAAGUCGGUGAAGCAUCUCAUCUUGAAGACAGCCCCCUCCGGCAACAUUGAUACGGAGGAGUUUGCCAGAGGUCUCCUGGAGCUGCGUAACUCUCCCAACUAUACAGGACGGUCCCCUUCGCAACACCUCUAUGGCCACCCUCUUCGGUCCUGCGUCCCUGCCCACCCAGAGUCCUUCUCCGCAGACUGGCAGACCAAGACGGAGGAAUGCGACCGCCGCGCUGCCGCCCGAGCUGAACAGGUGCAGGCUCACUAUGACCAGCACGCCAGGCCCCUCCCCAAGCUGUGCAUUGGAGCCACAGUCCGCAUCCAGGACCCUGUGUCUCUCCGCUGGGAUAAGGUCGGUGUGGUCAUGGGCUGCAGCAGGAACAGGGAAUAUGAUGUUCGUCUCCCCAGCGGACGUGUCUGGCGACGCAACCGCCGUCUCCUGCGCCCAGUGCCGCCCCAUGGUGAUGAUCCUACCCACCAUAUCCCUGUGGUCCCUUGGUCAUACGAGAAAAGUCCGUCUGCUUUACUUGCUCCCCCAGUUGCAACACGUCGUUCCCAGCGGCUCAUGGAAAAGAGUUCCGUUCGAGACAGUGCUACGAGCGUGAGGGGAGGUGUGCUACCCAACACCACAGUAAGUGCAUUUAGUUUUGUGGGAAGCAGGAGAGUUGUCUUAAGAGAGCAGGCUGAGACUGCCCCCUUGAGCUGUGAGACACUAUGGGAAACGCUCAAGUUCACCAUUUCCAACCGUGAAUUCCUUUACAUCAAAGUUACUCCAAUGUUUAGUGGGACGGUAUGGACCGAGGCUAAUGGUUGCAUCAUCGUGAGCUACGAGCUUCCUGUUGGUUCUCAUGAGGUGGCUGACCUGGCCCGCGAGACGUCAUCUUUAGGUCUGAGUAGAAAGGAAGAUUCCCCUCCACAUGGGCCUCCCACAGCAGUCUCCUGUUCUGGGAGAUCUUCCGAGGGACGCAUUUCUGCAGCAUACUCACACUCUGCUUCAUUGGCUGCUCGCUCUUCAGCUGAGUCUGCCUGUCCGAAGACAACACCUCCUGCUACCUCUCGCUCUGUUGUGGUGGGUGAUCCUGUUCAUUUGGCCAAUAGUGUGAAUAACCAAUGA